GUAGCCUUUUGCGAUUUAAAUGUUAAUCACAGUAACGUUUUUACAAAUACAGAAACGAUUUCAGCAACAACAACGUGACUUCAUAAUGACUAAAACGAAAUGGCACAUGUCACGCUAAUCUAAUGAGUCCAAUCUAUAGAAUUGUCCUUUGAGUGUGACCAACAGCGUGACCAAGUUGGCUAAGGAUUUGACGUAUUAGACUGGCGAAAUGACUUUGCAAAGCAAAUCGUUCAAAAUUAUAAAGGGAAACGUGGCAUUGCAGGAAAUGCAGCUAAGCUCUUUCACUGGGUUUAUUUAUGGUAUAUUUUUGAGAACUGCCAGAAAGAUUAUGGAAGUUGGGUAUGCGCAAUAAAUACAUGACGGCAAGUUGAAACGUAAGUGGCAUUUUGUUUACAAAAGACUUAUGUACACAAAUAUAGGAAAGAUGCUGUUUGCUUAUCAUAUAGCUCUGUUGACUUUUGCAUACACUUGUAAUUCUGCAAAUAUUCUUUACAUUGGAUACCCAUCUUACAGCCAUAUUAUUGGACCAGCCAAUGUUGCAAAACUAUUAAAAUAUCAAGGACAUAAUGUUCGUAUUGCGGCUCCGACUUAUCUUACAGACAGGCUGAGUGAAUUUGGAGUUGGUUUACUGUUGUAUCACUGUUUUGAUGGCACGAACGAAGAUCCGAUGACGAAGAUAAAUACAAAAAAUGUGUUUAAGAAAAUCUCGCUGCUUGAAAUGAUAUUUCACAGAGAUGAAGCAUUGAACAAACUUGUGGACAUAAACUCGAAAAUAUUGAAGGAUGACCGCUUUAUAGAGGAAAUAAAAAAUUUUAAGCCAGAACUAAUUUUACUAGACUUCUCUGCCACUUCGUUUAUGCUGGUCCUUAUACCUUACAAGUUCAACGUUUCUUUUAUAAUGAUAGGUGACAGAGAUUAUCCUCAAAUCACACGAACUCCAAUUUUACCCACUGUCUUUCCUCACCUUGUACUUCCGUACACGAAUCAAAUGAACUUUCUACAGCGUUUACUGAAUACGCUACUAAAUUUGUUGGGGUAUUGGGUACACCCAAUAAACAAUCCAUCAUUGUUAUCAGAAUUCAUUCCCGAAAAACCGUACGUUUCCCCAAUGGAGCUACAAACUAGAGCUCAACUGUGGAUAAUUUGGCAACAAAGCGUGUUCAGUUAUAAUGAGCCAAUGAUGCCCAACGUGAAACGUGUCGGCCAUCUACAUAAUCCCAGUCUCAGAGAACUUCCAAUCGAGUUCAAAACCUUCAUGAAUGAGGCGGAAUAUGGCGUGGUGAUCGUUUCAUUCGGAUCAGUUCUAGCAUCUGUGCCAUCAGAAAUAAUGGGAAUAUUAUUAAAAGCCUUUGAACGAACGAAAUACAAAUAUAUCAUACAAAGUCCAUGGCAAAACAACACAUCAUCUCAGUUCAUGUUCAAUAAAUGGCUUCCACAGUUUGAUCUUCUUCGUCAUAAAAAUACAAAACUUCUCAUUUCUCACUGUGGCAGUAACAGUAUUCAAGAAGCAAUAAUUGCAGGUGUUCCUAUACUAGGUUUUCCAGUAUUUGGUGAUCAACCAGCUAAUGCUGCCAUGGUUGUAAAUCAAGGUUUCGGAGCGAUGCUAAACCUAGGUUCGUUUUCUAUUGACGAACUAGUUUCAACAAUUGAAAAAGUAACAACAAAUUUGAAGUACAGGAAGAAAAUUCAGAAAGCUUCUGCGAUUUUGAGAUCUGAAAGAUCACCUACUGAAGAGGCAGCUUACUGGAUAAAUCAUGUUCUUAUGUUUGGUGGUGAUCACCUUAGAUCAUAUGCUCAAGAUAUCCCUUUAUGGAAGUACCUUGGUUUGGACAUUAUCGUCUUUUUUCUGAUAAUAUGGCAUGCAUGCAUCUAUUUACUUGUUAAAUUUUCCAAAAAGAUGUUUCUUCUUUGUUUUCGAUACAAAGAAAAACAUGACUAACGAACAAAAACGACUUAAUCAUUUAUUCACACCUAAUUUGUGCAUAAUCAAGAUCGUGGCCCGAGAUUUUCCAGGUGUAAAGCAGCGAAUGUUCAUUAUGAGUAUAUGAUAGCCCAUCAGAAGACUUUUUAUUGAGCCAUUACGACAGCAAUUUAAAAAAUAAAUGUCAUCAUUAUUGAAAGUCUUAUGUUGGGCUAUUAAGUUGAAAAGCAACCUCAUAAAUCAUCUUUUGUAAUUCGGAUUUGUUAAAAAUUGCAAUGAAAAUAAUUUA